AAUUAACUUGACUAUCUCAUUGGCUAGAAGCAGGACCACACUUCCCAUUGAAAUCCUGAUAAAUGUAUGUUGGUUAAAAUUGUUUUUAUUUUUAAAUUUGCACUACAAAUAAGACAUGUGCAGUGUGCAUCGGAAUUUGUUUGUAUUUUUUUUUUUUCAAAUGAUAAUCCGGCCCCUCAACAGUCUGAAGGAUUGUGGACCGGCCCUCGGAUUAAAAAGUUUGAGGACCCCUGUUGUGAGGGAUAUGUUUGUUUAGUUCUGGCCCAACUCUCCAAAUUGCAAAGGCCCUUUUGGGCACCGAUGCUGUCCUCUGGGGCAUUAGCUUUCCCUCCCAGUUUGGUGUCAUUUGCACACUUGGUCAGCAUGCCUUCUGUUCCAUGACGGCACAGAGUCUCCCACGCCCGGCCCCUUCUUCUUCCACGGGGAAUCCUGCGCAUGCUCCGAGCGCCACCCGGACUCCUAUCCGCUCUCCGUCUCCGUACGUCAGCGGCUCCUUCAGCCUCCUGUGUCCGUCCUCGGCUUCCUGCCGGUUGCUAUGGAUUUGCGAGACCCAUCUGUGCUAUUUUGAGAGGCAGAGUUGCCACAGCAGCAGCAGCACCAGCCCAGCCUUCUUUCCCUUUUUGUUUUGCACACCUGAAACUCUUGGAUGCUGCACCUGCCGGAGGUGCCGCUUUUGGAAAACAUCUCCGCGAGGAAUGAGCCGGAGCUAAGCGUUGCCUUGUGCUGGAUGAAACGUCGGUGAGCAGCGAGGAUUUUGAUAUGAGCGACUCCACAUGGAUGUCAGCUGACCAGCAUCUCAACUCCAGUUUGAGCCCCAGCCAGGCGGAAGGCAUGCGGAGCCCGCAGAACAUCCACAGCCAGGAAGACGACGACUCCUCGUCGGAGAGCUGCAGCGGGAACGGCUCCUCCACCCUGAACCCGUCCACCUCCAGCAGCACGCAGGGGGAUGCCGCCUACCCGGAGGUGAACGGGAAUGGCGCCGCCGCCCCCAUGGACUUCAGCACCGCCGCCGAGGACCAGCCCAUCAACCUGUGUGACAAGUUGGCGCCGGCACACAUCGCCCCCUCCUUCACGCCCGACGGGUGCAGCGCCGAUGGCCUGCGGAGCCGGGCCAAGUAUGGGCCCAAAAGCACGGCAGAGUCUCCUCCGUACAGCUCCGGCAGUUACGACUCGGUCAAGACAGAGGUUGAAGACCUGACCAUCGGAAGGGCUCCCGCCGCGGAUGAUGACGACGACGACCACGACGACCACGAAGACAACGACAAGAUGAACGACUCGGAAGGGAUGGACCCAGAGCGGCUAAAGGCCUUCAACAUGUUCGUCCGCCUUUUUGUGGACGAGAACCUGGACCGCAUGGUCCCCAUCUCCAAGCAGCCCAAAGAGAAGAUCCAGGCCAUCAUCGAAUCCUGCAGCCGGCAGUUCCCCGAGUUCCAGGAACGAGCUCGCAAACGCAUCCGCACUUACCUCAAAUCCUGCCGCCGCAUGAAGAAGAAUGGCAUGGAGAUGACCAGGCCCACUCCGCCCCACCUGACCUCAGCCAUGGCCGAGAACAUCCUUGCGGCAGCCUGCGAGAGCGAGACGCGGAAAGCAGCCAAGAGGAUGCGGCUGGAGAUCUACCAGACGUCGCAGGACGAGCCGGUGGCCCUGGACAAGCGGGACGCGACCCCCGUCACCCACUCCUCCUACUCACUGCCAGCCUCCUCCUUCUCCCAAGACCCCGUCUACAUCAACGGGACCCUCAACUACAGCUACCGGAGCUUCGGGGGCAGCAGCCUGCAACCCACCCCUCCACUCCAGGCGGGGAACCACAGCAACGGCCCUACUGACCUCAGCAUGAAAAGCGUCGCAUCCGGCACCACCGCCAAUGCCGCCACCAAUGCAACCGCCACCAACACCACCAAUGCCGCCCCCGCGACCCCUGCCAACAGCACGAACCGGGGGGUGACGUCCGCCCAGCUCAGCCCCACGGAGAUCAGCGCGGUCCGGCAGCUGAUUGCCGGCUACCGGGAGUCGGCCGCCUUCCUCCUCCGCUCCGCCGACGAACUGGAAAACCUCAUCUUACAGCAGAACUGACUGCUGCCCGCCUCCCUGCGGCCCCCGGGCCGGGAGGAGACACUACUGCCUGGCGAACCCGGAAAAUCUGCUCAGGACGGGACGUUCCCUUUGCCUACCGACUGCCACACCCCUGGGACGGGCACUCGCUUUUUUUACGUGUGGCGGCGGGCACCAUUCCUCCUCCUCCUCCUCUUCCGUCUGCCUUUGGAGCUACACAACUGCGGCAGUGCGCAACACCAACCGGAUGGAGCCAAGAGAGGCAUCGUAGGACUUUGGUUGGGGUGGGAGGGGAGUCGGGGUGGGACGGAGCCUCAGGCACAGUCGGGAUUUUGCUUUGUGGAGCCCAGCAACGGUAGAGCCCUUUCCAGACUCCCCGGUUCCCCAUCCCGCCUUCUCCACGUCUUAGGAAUUGCGUAUUUAUUGAGAGGCAGACCCUCUCCCCUUUCUCCCUUCCAUCCCACCUUAUAAUUUAUUUUACUCUUGUUCCUUUCCUGGGAAAAAAAAUGGACCCUUGAGGUUGUACAGAUUUGCCACUUUUUUGUGUCGGUCAGAGGAGGAAGAGGUUUCGUUCCAAGACUCCCACACAUUCCGUCCAGCUGGUCGUCUCCUUGGGGAAUCGGCGGGGCAGGGAAAAGCGGAGCUAAACCGCAUUUGGGAGGGGGGAGGCAGAAAAUGGGGAGGGGGCACAAAACACCUGAUUUUAAACUGGUUCCUCCCGCUGCCCAGCAAAUGGGACCCCCUCCCUCCAACAUCACCCCAGCUCAACGUUGAGCCCCCUCCUUUCCGGGACCUCAGCCACUCUUCGCUCCAAGGACUCGCUUUGGUCACUUUAAAGGAAAAGCCACUGGGGGCCAAGAGACCAAACAGCUGCCUGGCCUUCGUCCUCCACCCUCUACCUCACUCUGGAUGGCGGUGUGUCCCCAAGUCCUCCCCCCAAAACCGGCUCCUGGACCGAGAGCCCAACCUCAGGGGACCCCUUCUGUUGGCGGCCUGAGCUGCUGCUGCUUCUAGUUCUUCUUCCCCGUUUUUCGGGAGGAAGCCACACGCUCUCUUCCCCCCUUGGAAGAAGAGUCUCCGAAGGAGGCAAACCCAGUCUUUCCUGUUCUUGUUGUUUCUGCAAGGUUGUUUGCUUUGUUUGUUUGUGUUCCCCUUAAAGGGCCCUUUGCAGCCCGGCAAGGUGUCUGGAAAGAGGCCGAGCCACUUUUCCCCCCUCUCCAAACGAUCCUGUGUCCUCCCUGUAAUCCUUGCCAUGCACUUGUUUUGCUCAGUGCAAUAUUGAGCCAUGCUACUAAAAUCAGGAACGGAGGAGAGCGGACUGCUAGAGCCAAUACGCCGUGCGGCCUCCUUGGUGGUCAGCAGCGGCAACGGGAAACUCUCCAGCCGGAGUCGAGGCGGAUUCUCUAAACCCCCUUCCACUACUCGCUGGCUUAUUUUUGACUUCCCCGUAUCCGCCCCAUUAAGCACCACACUUUUCCCCAGGGAAAGGACUGCGAAAGAGCAGCAUUGUUGAGAUGCUUCCCUUCUUGGCAGCCUCCCAUCUUCAAGGCCCCCUUUGCCUUGUUCCACCAAGCUAGCGUUCCACUUCUGCGGCCAUCCCAGCCGCUUUCGUUUUGUGGAAUGGGUUAUCCUUCCAUAUCCACGCCUGUGGGGUCCGGCUGUCAGUCUUAAGCCACCGUUUACACCCAAGAACCUCUCAGGAACCAAUGGUGGCCAAUACUCUCAUGAGGUUUCUAGCCAUAGCUGCUGCCCGUAAACCUUGGCUGCUCUGCAAGAGAGCGCCUGCUGUUCUCAUUCAUCUAUUUUGUUGUUUCUUUAUUGGGAAAUGACUGCAAUUUCAAGGGGUCUGCUGGAUCUAGCCUUCCAGCAUGCAUCCAUCCCCUUUCCAACUUGAAUUUCCCCCCUGCCUGGGGUGCAACCAUGCCUGCUGUUCUUCCUUCCAAAUUUGAUUUCCAUGUAAAUAUUUAUGGUUGGGUAAGGGGCCAGCGAGGAACAGCCCUGUUACAAUUUUUGUUUUGUUUCUAAAAUCACCUUGCCACAAGCCCUUUGUGGAAAACGUAGCAUUUAGAAGAGCGGCAGAGACAAUCGCCGUCCUGAAAAAUCCUCAUCCUUUGCUAGAGACACCACCAGGAAGACAUAGCCAUGACAUUUGGGGGGACGGGGAUGGGGUGUGCCAGUGGUGAAGGGGCACCGACUAUUCUGUUAAAGGCCUCUGGAUCAAGUAGGAGACCACACUGAGGCUUGGCUAAGCUUGCAGGCGGCUGCUUUGAGGGUUUAAAACCCUGGCAGGACACGAUAGGGGCCGGCACGGGCAAAAAGAGAGGGAAAAGUCCAUGGGGCUUGCAACCCAACACUUGGCCUUUGUGGAUUCCUGACAAGUCCCAGAUCUGGGAUCUAAAUACUCCGUAUCUCGGCCAAAGAAGCCAUUUCUGUGGCCAUUUACUGGCCCUUUUUCAACAGGGACCCUGGCCCUUUUCAACAUAGCCUUGCAAACUGGUUAUCUUUUCAGGUUGAACGUCUUAAAAGCAGGAAUCGCAUCCCACAGGUUCCCGCUUGCAAUUCUGUGUUGAAAAGGUCGAAGCCUUUAAUGCAAACUGGUGAAGGGGAGGAAUAAAACCCUGCGCUGUGAUCACUUCCCCGCCCUGCUCUUUCUCUCCCAGUGUUUUCUACCCAGCAGCAGCGCCUUGGUCCUGGAAGGGCUUUCUCUGGACUCCUGGCGGAAACAAUUCCCUUCUCGUCCAGUCCGCACCCCAACCCCAGGGGCCACUUCCCCCUCCUUUGCGGGUGGCCGCUAACAGUCUGCGCCAGUUCAUACUCAAGAAAAUGCUGCUUUGAACUCAGAGGGUUUAAAAUAUUUAAAAGAAGAAGUUUUGAUUUGUAAAACUUUUUUGUAAAACUUUUUACAAGGUAGCCUAGCGAUUUCACCGAGAUUACCAACUACAAUCUGUCCGUGGUCUGAUUUUUUUAUAUCUUUAUCUAUCUAUCUAUAUAUAAUUUAGUGGUGCUUUUUAGAGCGUUUUGUUUGGUUGUUGUUUCAAAGAGCCGCCACGGCUCAAAAACGUUUCUUCGCCUGUAUUGUACCUAAGACCAAUGUGAACCUUUGUACUUUUUUGCUCCUGACUUUGGACUCAGUGAAAGUGUACCUGUUUACAUGUACAGAAAACCUCCCAGUAAACCCCUCCGUUCUGUGUUCUGCAAGGAGACCUGCUUCUUUGGGCGAGGAAGGCAAAAAGCCUCGCCGGCGUUUUUAUCUGCUUAGCAAAAGCCACGCGACUCCCUUAUUCCAGAUCCCACCCAUUUCGGCACCCCAAAAAAUAACAUGGUGGGUGCAUGCACCCAGACCCAGGGUGAAAAAAGGGGGUGUGCACACUGAGAUUCCCCUUGUUUUCCUUGUGGCGAGUUCUGUUAUCGGUCUCUCGGACCCAAAGAGGUCCAGUGAAGGCAAACAGGUAGGGUUUCACUCCUCAGUCAAAUCACAGGAUGCUCCAAUUCCAUGCAUCCGCUCUUCUCCUUUUAGCACCACGAAGGCAGGCCAUGAAGUGGGACCAAGGGGGGGAAGAUGCAGGGAGAGGGGCAGUUUCAAGGGGCUUCAAAAGCCCAGCGCUUUAAACAAGACACCUGCAUUUUCCUAGAGAUGCGGCCCUAGACGCCGAAUGGCACUGAGACCAACUUGAAAAGUAACAUUUUGCUGAAAUCAGUCGAAUUCUCUUUUGAAGACUUUUCCUGACAGGCACCUAUGCAAUUUACGUGGCUCUUCUAAGCAGAUGGGCACUUCCUCCUCCAUGUGCUAUGGAGAAAAAAAAAUACUUUUUUUGUGUUCUAUACAGUGGAUCUUUUUUCCAAGUAAAUGUGGCUUAAUAUUUUAAAUUCUUAGAGCGUGUGUUUGUUCUACGUGAUGCAACUUUAAAAUUCUGUUUCUGUUUGUGAAAUGAGUAGCACAGGCCAACCUCCUUUGUCCCACUCACUUUAAAAAACAAAAAUGAAAAAGACCAACGAGCUGUUUAAAUCAAGCGGUUCUUUUCCAUCCAUGGUAUUACUUGCUAAAUGCACUGAUUUCAUAAGUAUGUGGAAUUUUUUUUGGAGUCUGUAUAUCAUAUUAUAAGACUGAAUCUACUUAAUAAACACUGUAUAACAAACAGAA